GGGACAGGCAGGAGGGCGGGGAGAGGCUGGCAGGGCAGGAGCCGGGCGGGGUGCUGGCUCCAACUGGAAAGGAACCGGUCCCAGCCCAGCCGGGGAGGCUGCGGGAGAGCCGGCAGCGCUCAGGGAGAGCACAUCGGCCCCGGCUCCAGUCCCGGCCCCGGCCCGAGCAGCCGCCGCCUGCCAUGGGCACCGCGUCCCGCGGUGGGUCUGUGAAGGCAGGGAAGAUGCCAGAAGGGGAGAAAACGAGACAAUGUAAGCAAGAAGAGGAGCAGCCGCAGAAAGAAGAGGAGCGGGAGGGUCUCAUCGAAUUCUACAGUUCCUACAAAGAGCUAUUCCAGUUCUUCUGCAGCAACACAACCAUCCAUGGGGCUAUUCGCCUGGUGUGCUCCAAAAAGAAUAAGAUGAAGACAGCAUUCUGGUCUGUUCUCUUCUUUCUCACCUUCGGCUUAAUGUACUGGCAGUUUGGGAUCCUCUACAGGGAGUACUUCAGCUACCCUGUCAACCUCAACCUCAACCUGAACUCUGACAGGCUGACUUUCCCAGCCGUGACACUGUGCACCCUCAAUCCAUACAGAUACAGUGCCAUCCGAAAGAAGCUGGAUGAGCUGGACCAAAUCACCCAUCAGACACUGCUAGACCUUUAUGACUACAACAUGUCUCUGCCACGAAGUGACUGGUCCACCCUGUCUACACAAAAGCGUAGCUCAAGGAGCCUGCUCCAUCAUGUCCAGCGCCACCCUUUGCGGAGGCAGAAGAGGGAUAACUUAGUCAACAUGCCAGAAAACAGCCCCUCAGUGGACAAGAAUGACUGGAAAAUUGGCUUUGUUCUGUGCAGUGAAAACAACAAGGACUGUUUCCAUCAGGCAUACUCCUCAGGAGUGGAUGCCGUGCGGGAAUGGUACAGCUUUCACUAUAUCAAUAUCCUGGCACAGGUGCCUGAUGCAAAAGCCCUGGAUGAGUCUGAUUUCGAGAAUUUCAUCUAUGCUUGCCGCUUCAAUGAAGCAACAUGUGACAAGGCGAAUUAUACCCACUUCCACCAUCCCUUGUAUGGGAACUGCUAUACCUUUAAUGACAACAGCAGCAGCCUAUGGACAUCCUCGAUGCCUGGGAUCAAUAAUGGUCUCUCUCUGGUGGUGCGCACCGAACAGAAUGAUUUCAUCCCUCUGUUGUCCACGGUGACAGGAGCCAGGGUCAUGGUCCAUGACCAGAAUGAGCCAGCCUUCAUGGAUGAUGGGGGUUUCAACGUGCGUCCUGGUAUCGAGACCUCCAUCAGCAUGAGAAAGGAGAUGACUGAGCGUCUUGGGGGCAGUUACAGUGACUGCACAGAGGAUGGCAGUGACGUGCCAGUGCAAAAUCUGUACUCAUCCCGCUACACUGAACAGGUCUGCAUUCGCUCCUGCUUUCAGCUGAACAUGGUCGAGCGCUGUGGCUGUGCCUAUUACUUCUACCCCUUACCUGAAGGAGCAGAGUACUGUGACUAUACAAAGCACGUAUCUUGGGGCUACUGCUAUUACAAACUCCUGGCUGAAUUCAAAGCCGAUGUGCUGGGCUGUUUCCACAAAUGUCGGAAACCUUGCAAAAUGACAGAAUACCAUCUGUCAGCUGGAUACUCCCGCUGGCCUUCUGCGGUCUCAGAGGAUUGGGUUUUUUACGUGCUUUCACAACAGAACAAAUACAACAUCACAUCCAAGAGGAACGGAGUUGCCAAAGUGAAUAUCUUUUUUAAGGAGUGGAACUACAAGACCAACGGGGAGUCUCCAGCCUUCACGGUAGUGACUCUUCUGUCCCAGCUUGGGAACCAGUGGAGUCUCUGGUUCGGAUCCUCUGUCCUUUCUGUGAUGGAGCUUGCAGAGCUGAUUCUGGAUUUCAUUGCCAUCACCUUUAUCUUGUCCUUCCGCUGGUUCCGUUCCCGGCAGAAGCUCUCUCCGCCGGGACCCUCUCCAAACAGUCAUGAUAACGCUGCUUUCCAGGAUGAGACACCAGGUCUCAGUGCUCCACAUCGCUUCACUGUUGAGGCUGUAGUGACCACUCUGCCAUCCUAUAACAGCCUGGAACCACGUGGGCCAAGCAGGGAUGGUGAGGUGGGACACGACUGAGACAGCAGCUUAUUCCACCAUUCAGAUAGGUGGCAAUUGGAGCAAAGGCUGCACACUUUGCUGUGGGACCUGUGUUUUCCUUCCUUCUUGGGUGCUGCACCUGAAUCAUAGCAGAAGACUGCUCUGUGGUUGGCCUGGGUUCAUUGCUUUCACUACAGUAGGUGAAUUACUCAGUCUCAUAAAAUACUAUUGCUCUGGGGAUCACCAGGGAUGAGAGUUGAUCUAGUCUAUGUAUGGGGGAGAUGUCCUCUUGAUUUCCUUACACUCUGUGCAUGUGCACACCCACACAUGCGUGCAUGCUUGCUUUUCCCCGCAACAAGGAUGCUGCCACUGUUCUGGUCUGUCGUUAAUUAAAGAGGUUUGGCAGGUGCGACUGGCCUCCUCUGUGGUAUGACAAGGGACAGGAGUGGAGCCUCAGCUGGGGUACUAACCUCUCAACAUGCUGAGCUUUGUUAAGGUCUCCCUAAGGUUGGAAACUGGUUGCUCUUUCCUUGUUGCUAAUAUCUGACUGUGAUCCCAAGACUGUGCUACCCACGCCCUUCUCCCUCAGAGAAGAGGCUACUUGAGACAACAGCCACUGGCAUAAUCUCAACCAUUACUAUGCACAAUUCUCUGGAGAGGUGGUUGAUGCUUGCUGCCACUCCCAGGUCUGGGACAAAACACCUCUGGCAGAGCCAGGUUUCCCUUUUCAAGCUGCCUGUGUUGCACUUGUAGAUCUUGGGUGUAUAGCCUCCCUUCCUUGUGAUGCACCAUACACAUGUACAUCCAGUGAUUUAAAUGUUUGCCAACAGGUCUAGGAGAAAUUGAUCUCUACACCUGCUUGGCCCUCCCUGCUUUCAUGAGGGAAACAAAGAGAGUUUGGCAGGAUUAUGCACACCCUCAAAAAAAUCCCAAACAGUACCUCUGCUACCAUGGGAUCCCACAAAAAUCAGAAGAGCACAGGUCCUGCAGUGCCUGUUCUGCUUGACCCGACCCUUAUCUGGUCCACCCACAGAGACUGCUGAGGCUCUUCUUCCUAAGCCAAGCACAGGAGAAGUAUUGCAGGCUUUAGUCAAAAAUCCUUCCAGUUAAAGCCUUAUCCUAUUCGAUCGGACCACAUAGGCAAAGAUGGUCCUCCUUUCAGGAACUAAUUUGGGGACCUUUGCAUAAGAGAACACAUCUUAUUUCUUGCAGUAA